AUGGCCGACGACGAGCAGUUUUCCAUCUACGACGAGGUCGAGAUCGAGGACAUGACCUACGACGAGACCCUGCAGAUCUACCACUACCCGUGCCCCUGUGGCGACCGCUUCGAGAUUGCGCUCUACGACUUGAUGGACGGCGAGUAUAUCGGCGUGUGCCCGAGCUGCAGCUUAAUGAUUCGAGUUAUUUUUGAUCUGGAUAACCUGCCGAAGCCGCCUGGUCAGAACGGUGGCGAGCAGGUUGCUGCUACUGCUUAG